CCAAGUAAUGUUUCCUUACUAGACGCCACUUUUGUAACUCUCCAUUUGGGAAGUAAAAUGCUUUUGGCCAACUCAACUUUAUAUAUAUAUAUAUAUAUAUAUAUAUAUAUAUAUAUAUAUAUAUAUAUAUAUUUCGAUUUACUUAUACUUAAAAAAAAGUCAUUCAAAUCCGAAACCUUUUAGUCAUUCACACCCUAGAACCAUUUCAUUCAACCUUUUGAUUUUUAUAAAGUUUUGUUUAUAAAAGUCAGAUUCUAAAAUGCCAUUUUUACUGUAAGACAUAUUAAAUAAUAUAUAUUUUCAAACGGCAUAAAUACGAGAAGACCCAAAAGUCUUAACACCGAAACGUAGACCGACUAAAAAAUCAUAAACGCAAAAAGUUCGUUUUCUUUUCUUUCUUUCAUCUUCUUCAAGCUCUUCUCUUGUUCUUCGUUUUCUCUUCAAUUUUUUGGGUUUUGAAUCUUUAUUUUUCAUCAUGUCUAAUGAAACCAAAGAUCUUAACAACUAUCACUAUACUUCAUCGUAUAAUCAUUACAACAACAUCAACAACCAAAAUAUUUUGAAUCUCCCUUACGUUUCUGGUCCAUCCACUUAUAAUGCAAACAUGAUCUCAUCACAAAUCGGCUACGAUCUACAGUUGAGUCCUCAAGGAGUUUACGAAUCGGGUUUCGAGCUCUCGCCAUCUUCCACCGAGUUUUUUAAUCCUUCGUUUGAUCAACAAAAUGAUUUUCACAAUGCGUUCAAUUAUAACACUAGUAACAAGAGUCAAGAAGUUGUUGGUAGCGGUGGUGCAAUCAUCGAGAGUGAAACUAGGAUUUCUGCAUCUCCUUCGAGUGAGGCCGAUCAUCAUCACGAUGAAGAUUCCGGCAAGAGCCUGGGGGAAAGAGAAGCUGACGAUGGAGGAAAAUAUGAUCAACGUGCUCAGAAAGUAGUUAAAACAAAGAAGAAAGAGGAGAAGAAGCAAAGAGAGCCACGAGUUUCGUUCGUGACCAAGACCGAAGUUGAACAUCUCGAAGACGGCUAUCGUUGGAGGAAGUACGGCCAAAAAGCAGUCAAAAACAGUCCUUAUCCGAGGAGUUACUACAGAUGCACGACGCAAAAGUGCAACGUGAAGAAGAGAGUUGAAAGAUCGUACCAAGAUCCAACUGUCGUAAUCACAACAUAUGAAAGUCAACACAACCACCCGAUCCCGACCAGUCGCCGUUCCGCAUUGUUCUCUGGACCCGCCACGUCUAAUUAUAACUCUCCAGUUUCUGAUUUCAUCAUCAAUACUCCAAGAAGCUUCUCAAAUGAUGAUCUCCUCCGAGUGCCAUACGCUGCUGUGAAUGUAAACGCUAAUUAUCAGCAACAACAAAACCAAGAGUUUCAGAAUGACUAUGAGCUUUUGAAGGAUAUGUUUCCUUCAGUUUUCUUCAAGCAAGAACCUUAAAGAUAUAGUUGUACCAUUAUAUAGAAGCAAUAUGGAAUGCAUGAUAAGUGAUGGUGUUAUGUAACUUUGCAUGCAUAUAUGUAUACUUUUGAGACCAUAGGAUAUAAUUAAUGUUUAAUUGUUAGUCAUGGAUAUGGAGUCUCUUUAGAGCUAUUAAAAUAAACUUCUUUGAAUCCUCUAUAUAUUAAAAGAGAAGCAGUAUAACAUCUGAAGCAGUCAUGUGUCAUCACCACAGUGAGUUUUAGAAUCCUUGGAAAAAUAAAUUGAUCAAUCUUAAUAUAUAAUAAACUUUUUAUUAAACGAAUCAUAAAUUCAUUAUUAAUAGUUUUCAUUCAUUCAUUAAAUAAAAAUUACGGAAUUGCCUAAUGUGCUAAAAUAUAUAUAAAAAUUAAUGUUUUUGAAUAAUAAAGAUUUGAUCAAAUUUAGUGUAUUCUCUUUCAUAUUUGUUAUAGUUUAAAU